AUGCAGCGCCCUGCUGCGGCCCACAGCCACCGGCCUGCACCGCCACCACCCACACGUGCGCCUGCUUGCCUGCGCCAUGCAGUGGGCCCUACAAUUUGGAUCCCCAGUGAGGAUGGCCGGCUGUCGGUCGUCAGGGGGCUCAGCGACGCGCCCAUCCUGAAUUGCACCAUCCCGGCGCUGCUGGAGCGGCAGGCGCUGGCCUGGGGGGAUAAUGAGGCCGUUGUGAGCAUGCACCAAGAGACACGUCUGUCCUACAGGGAGCUGCUGCGGCAUGCCAACGAGGUUGCCCAGGGCCUGCUGGCGCUGGGGGUGCAGCGACGGGACCGAGUGGGCAUCUGGGCGGGAUCCUGCGUGGAGUGGGCGACUCUGCAGUACGCUGCUGCCAAGGCCGGCGCGGUUCUGGUAAAUCUUAAUCCCUCGCUUAAGGCAGCAGCAGAGCUGGCCUAUGCGCUCAACAAAGUGGGCGUCUCCACGCUCGUCAUGGCGCCCGAACUGAGGGGCACGUCAUUUGUGGACCUGGUAGAGAGCAUCAGGUGGGGGACGCCACAGCUGCGCAACAAAGUAGUGCUGGGCCCCAAUGCGCCAGAGGGUUCGCUGACCUGGUACGAUUUGAGGUGGGCGGGUGAGGGUGGGCGGCUGCAGAGUGAGCUGCAGCAGCGGCAGCGGGACUGUCGCCCAGGGGAGCCCGCAAACAUCCAGUUCACGUCGGGCACCACGGGUUUUCCAAAGGCUGCGACACUGUCGCAUAGAAAUAUAGUGAAUAACGCGUUCCAGGUGGGGGAGACGCUGCAAUACUCGGCAUCCGACAGGGUGUGCCUGCCAGUCCCGCUCUUUCACUGCUUUGGAUCGGUGAUGGGCAACGUUGCGUGCGCUGCUCAUGCCGCGACUGCCGUCUAUCCAUCGGACUGCUUUGAUGCGGGGGCCACGUUGGCAGCUGUGGAGCAAGAGCGCUGCACAUCGCUGUAUGGCGUGCCCACGAUGUUCAUUGCGCAGCUGGAGCACCCCGAAUUUCAGCGGCGCGACCUAACCAGCCUGCGUACCGGCAUAAUGGCGGGAGCUCCCUGCCCAGCGGCCCUCAUGCAGAAAGUGCAAGCAGAGAUGCAUAUGCGGCAAAUAACGGUUUGCUAUGGCCAGACAGAGACAAGCCCUGUUUCCUUCCAGACGUCGCCAGAGGACCCUGUGGACAGACAAGCAACCACGGUGGGAAGAAUCCACCCGCACCUAGAGGCCAAGGUGGUGGACCCUGCCACGAAUCUGACGUUGCCGCGCGGGCAGGUUGGAGAGCUCUGUGUCCGUGGCUACUCAGUGAUGCUGGGGUACUGGGCCGAUGCGCCGGCGACUGCUCGCAGCUUUGAUGCGGACCGUUUCAUGCACACGGGCGAUCUGGCUAUCCUUGAUGACAAGGGCUACUGCUCCAUUGUCGGGCGAAUCAAGGACAUGGUGAUCCGCGGAGGGGAGAACUUGUAUCCUCGAGAGAUCGAGGAGUUCCUGCACCACCACCCCGCCAUUGCAGACGUGCAGGUGUUUGGCGUGCCUGAUGUAAAGCAUGGAGAGGAGUUGUGUGCUUGGGUCAGGCUCAGGGAGGGGCAGCGCCAUAUCGGCGGCGAAGAGCUGCGAGCCUUCUGCAAGGGACGAAUUAGCCACCAAAAGAUUCCCCGGUAUUGGAAGAUGGUAGAAAGUUAUCCCACAACGAUGAGCGGGAAGCCACAGAAGUAUCUUAUGCGAGAGGCAGCGAUGCAGGAGCUGGGGUUGCAAGCCGUCGCACUGCAGCUUGUGCAGACAGCCUGA